UUUCUCCAUCACAAAUACAUUUUUCCAACCAGACAGUGUCCUAGGAACUAUUGUUCGGUCACUAGUUUCAGUGGGAAUUAUAUAAGUGCCGGUCAACUUCCUGUUGUGAAGAGGAACGCUAAUCCAACCUAUUUGAGCUGUCAGACCGAGGAGCCAUGCCUUUUCUCCAUGGAUUUCGGAGAAUCAUCUAUGAAUAUCAACCACUGGUAGAUGCUGUCAUGCGUGUUAUUGGUUUGGAGGAAGACAACAGCAGCCAUACAGAGAACAGGAGCACUGAUGAUGACCCCAGAAGAUGUAGCUCUUUAGUGGAGCUUCUGGAGCAGGAGUCCAACUCCGAGGUGUUUGUUGAAGGCAUCAGCUAUGCACUUUUUAAGGUGGCAGAGCGAGGACUUGGAUAUGCUGCCAAAAUCCUCCUACGCUAUGGAGCUGAUGUUAAUUUUGAGGACCCAGUGUCCUAUUACAACCCCCUGCACAUAGCUGUGUUGAGGAACAGGCCAAACAUGGUGAGGCUACUAGCUGGAAACGGAGCAGACAUCGAAAAGAGGGACCGGAUUCACGAGAGCAGUCCUUUAGAUUUAGCGAGUGAGGAGUCGGAGAGGCUGCCCUGUCUCCUCACCUUACUGGAUCUCGGUGGGGAUGUGAACGCCAGAGACAAACACGGGAAAACACCUCUGCUGCAUGCACUAGCAAGCAGUGAUGGACUAACUGUGCACAACAUAGAGAACAUACAGCUGCUACUUGAGAGGGGUGCUGACGUUCGAGCUGCAACAGUUGAUGGGGAAACCGUGGAAUCAUCUCUGGUGUUUCUGGUAAAAGAGGCUCUGGAUGCCAGCGUGGAGGACGCUGCUGAGAUCGGCCGCUUCUGCUUGAAAGUCACCCGGCUGCUGCUGGCUCACGGCGUGGACCCCAGCUGCUGUCUGAGCGAGGAUGGCGAGCUCUCCUUGACGCAGGCCAGCUUGGAGCAGUUUGACCUGCUCUUUCCUCUGGCCGUGCUCCUGAUCCAGAGCGGCGCCUCCUUGGAUUGCAGCUAUCACAGUGACUCGUGUUGGUCGGGGUACGGCCUCCUUUUCCAGAGGCUUCAGACCGUCCUCCCGCAGUGCUCCGAUCAAAGCCGUGCCGCCGAGCUGCUGGAGCAAGCUGAAGCGUUGCUGGACUUGGCGAAGGUGAACGCCUCCACGCUGCAUCUCCCUUUGAGGCUGGAGCUGCCUGUGCCCGGUCAUGACUCGCACCCGUACGCUCAAGCCCUGAUGGACCUGCACAGCCGUGUCGUUGCACGUGAAGCAAGUCCGCCACCUCUCCGCUGCCUUUGCAGGACAUUCAUACGGAGACGCCUGCAGCCCUGGCCCCUGGAGGACAGAGUCAAAGCCCUGCCUUUACCAGACAGACUGAAAGACUUUCUCCUUCCUGAGAACACAUACACUCCAAAACCAGGCUGGGGCUGCUUCAAGCCUCAGCAGAGCCAGCCCUAGCAUUACCGAGGACUUGAGAUAUUAAAAUAAAAGAAAUCUGAGCAAAUGAAUCUGAAAUACCAUCAAAGCCUUGAAUUCUGAUCCUUAUUGUCUGCCAAAUCAUAACGAUCAUUUAAAAAUACAGUGUUUGUAAGAAGUAAUAAUGUGAAGUUGCAGUACAGAACAUCCACCAACAGAUGGCAGUGUGGUACUUCCACUCCAGAAAUGACUCUGAAAUUCUCAGUGCAGCCAAUUAAAGUUGGUCCAACUGAGUGAGCUCCAUGUAUAUUUCAGUUCCUCAGUGUUCUGGUAGUGUGUUGUGGAUCCUGUGAAAUGUUUCCUUUUCAUGUAAAUUGUGACAAUAAAACAGUUUCACCAACA